AUGAAAGGAAAGUGCAUUGCAGUAUGUGUUGUUGCUGGUGUUCUUGGUCUAAUAGCAAUUAUUCUGGGCUUUACUGCUGAGGGCACCAGGAUUAAGGAUGAUAAAGUAAUGUACACAGAAGAUGGGGAAUGUAUUUAUCCAAAGAGUCCAUCAAUGGCAUUGGGAAUAAUUGGUGCAAUCAUACUUUUGAUUGAGCAAAUCUUGAUAAGUGCUGCAUCUGGCUGCUUUUGUUGCAGACCAAAUCCUUGUCCAUCUAGCUGUCGUGGUAUAAUCGCUGUGGUUUGCUUCAUCUUCUCUUGGUAA